GGUUGGUAGAUGUACAUGUACACUCAAGCUUAACUACAGUGUGGUGAAAGCUAGCAGCGGACAGUUGGGGUGCCUUUUUGGCCGGUCCGUGCGCUACACUUCGCCCCCACUGCCUACCCGAAACAAAUACCGGGAUUAGACCCAUCCGGGUCAGUGGUACACACCCUUGAAGAAGUACAACUACCGGCAAGUUUUUUGGAUUAUUUUGAGAAGCCUGAAAGUUUAGCAUCAUGUCUCGACGUGCCUUUUUGUUGUUAUGGAUUGUUCUUGGAGCGAACACUGUGCUGGUUCAUAGCGUUCAGAAUGACAACAAGCCGUGUCCAGAUAGAGACAGCAAGGGUACGGAGUUCGUUGUGGGCUUCAUGGAGACCAUGUCUCCAUCAGUCAACCCUCGACUCUACAUCGUCGGUGCGUCAACCCGCUCCACACGAGUCACUAUUCGCUCCCAGGCCCUGGGUGAAAUCACCAGGAUGAUCUCUCAUGGGUCAAGGGUCAAGGUGAUCGAUGGAUCCACAACAUCGGCUUUACUCGUCACUGCUGAUCAUGAGAUAACCGUCUACGGUGUGGAGGAAGGCAACUCGAUGGAUUCCUUCUUGGCGCUGCCGACCGACGCCCUGGGAACGGAAUAUUACGUUGUGUCGUACAGUAUAUCACCACGCUUGGAAAGGUCGCAGAGGAAAUCUCAGUUUAUGAUCUUGGGAGUUUUGAAUAACACCGUGGUGGACAUCUCGUUAUCGGGGUCGGUGGAGCACGAGGGGCGAAGGUACUGGAAAGGAGACCACAUUAGACUGACUCUGCACCGACUGCAGUCUGUGCAUUUCGCCAGUGAAGACGACGAUCUCACAGGAACUCGUAUAGUCGCUAGCAAGAAAAUCGGCGUUCUGUCCGGCAGCAAAUGUGCCGAUGUGCCGGUCGGGAUGCGGUACUGCGAUCACCUGGUAGAGAUGCUUAUUCCUGUCAACAGUUGGGGGAUGAACUUCAUCACUUCGCCUCUGUACGGUAGAACGAGUGGAGACGCAUUCCGCGUGAUGGCCGCCCGGGAUGGGACGAUAGUCACUGCGUCGAUAUACGGCAGUGCUACGCUCGAUGCCGGCCAGUACCUCGAGAUGGAAAUCAUGUCCAACUCGAGUCGAACCAUCACAGCAGAUAAACCGAUCAUCGUGGUGCAGUACAGCCUUGGAGGGGACGCAGACCAGACCAAAGGUGAUCCCUUCAUGAUGAUCGUGCCUGCCAUCGAGCACUACUCCAACAAUGCCGUGUUCUAUACCAUAGAGUCAUCGUACUCUCAGCAGAUGCUGACUAACUUUGCUAAUGUGAUAUUGGAAUGUCAUCAGGUCAGAGGUCUGGAACACAACCUAUUUGAAGUUCCAAACUCUUCCUUCAGCAGGCUUGAUCGAUUGCGGCACACGAUGAAUGGCCGCGAGUACUGCACUGCCCAGAUGAACCUGGCCAACGGUGUACACUUUCUACGGGGUGCUUCUCCUGAUGAGAACUUCUCGCUGACGCUAUACGGUAUGGGUAUCACCGAGGGCUCCAUAGCUUACGGUAUGCCUGCUGGACUAAGAUUGCCGGAUAACGAAUGCGAAGCUGGCCUACCGAUUAUCCCAGCCACAUCCACACUGCUGGUUACUGACAAAGCCAACCCCACGGUAAAAGCUCCAACAAUCCUUAUCAACAAGGACGAGGUACUCGUCAUUCCAGCCUCGUCUGGUCCGUCUGUGAACGAGAUACCCUCUCAUCAACCUUCCUCGGGGAAGUACCUCACCCUUGCCGUGUUUGUCGCUCUCUUCUCACUGAUAACCAUAUUCAUUUUAGUGGUGUACAUAGUCAUUCUAAGGAGACGUAUUCGCAAGCUUGAAGCAGAGCGCAAAGUGUACAGCCGCAUGCAGCUUAGCCCUGUGAUGGUAGGUGCCGAUGGCUACAUUGGCUUAGAUGGUAGUCAGCAUCCCGAGAGAGACUACAUGCCACUUAAUAAUCCACAGGGUGUUUGGCGUCUAGGUAGGAUGCGACGUACAGCCAGGUCAACAACGGGUGUCCCAUAUGUGGCCAACACGGCCAUAAACACCAACUCCAACGGUAUAUCGCAUAUAUCUGAACCCACAUUGGUACCUAACAAUAGGAACAGCUUACAAGGGGUAGGUGCUCGGAGGAAGACCAGUGCACCCGAUGCUUACUCCCGUACAAUAAGUGUUGACAGUACCCAUGCACUACGCUUCAACCGUCGUCACAGUCAGGACACGGCGAGCAUUGUUAGCAGUCGGCCCAGUAGCUCAGGUAGCUCACCACCUCUACCUAGUCGCCAAGGCAGCAUUACCGAGAGGCAGAACGGUGCAUUACCGGCCACACCUGAGAGCAGUGGCACCCAGGUGACUCGGAAGCAGAGCUUCCAAGAGCUCCACGACAUCGCUGAAUGCCCUGACAAGGAACCACCGCCUAGGACCAGUCACUUGGUACGGAGUGCCAGCCAACCUUCCUACCAAUCCUCUUUUGCCAAAGCAAACGGUCCUAAAGUCUACUACUCCGUGCCCAAGAACAACAGACCAGCAGUCAAUCUGUACGAACGGCCGAGAAAACGUUCCAGCAGUGUCGAGGAGCCGUCGCCGUUGAUAUUUUCAAUGAAGGAGUCGCUGUUAAAACACGACGACGGUUACAUGAGCAUGAGGGACCAUAGAACUUCAGUCUCGAGCCAGGGCAGCUCCAAUCUGUCCCUCAGCUCCAGCCCAGUUGCGGUAUCACCACCCGAUAAACCGUAUCCGUUUAAUCCUGAGGAAGUUUCGAAUACUGGAAUCGAUACUGCCGAAACAGACUCAACCGACUAUACAGAACUGUUUUGAAAGAAUACUAAAUGGUGUUUUUUAUAUUGUGAGUUGUUGUAUCCGUGAUUGCCAAGGUGCCUUAAAUUUCUUCGGAAUUACACGUGUAUGCAAAUCUUAUUAGAUGUUGAAUGUUGGAACUACUUCACGUUGGUGGCUUGGGCAAUAAUUAUUUCUUGUUUAGUUCCCUACAUUAAAUUGUAAAUUCGAAUAUAGACAUUUUGUCUGCUGCAACCAUCAAUAUAUACACUUCAAAACAAUAGUUUUUAAAUAUAAAAAUUGACUUUCAUAAACAAAACUAAAACUGUAACAAAACAAAAAAA